CAAAUAAUUUGAGUCUUCUUGUAGGGUCAAGAUGACUGACGGGUUUUCAAGAGACGAUCAUGUGUACAUGGCUAAAUUAGCUGAACAAGCUGAAAGAUAUGAUGAUAUGGUGUCCAGCAUGAAAGAGGUUGCAGCUCUUGGUGAUGAGUUAACAGUAGAAGAAAGGAAUCUACUCUCCGUAGCAUACAAGAAUGUCAUCGGUGCUCUCAGAGCCUCAUGGAGGAUUAUCAGUACUAUGGAAAGUAAGGAGACUGAGGACGCUAAGAAAAAUGUAGGAGGUGUGACAACAGCGUACAGAGUGGAAAUAGAAAAGGAGUUGAAGAAGAUUUGUGACGAUAUACUUAACGUGUUAUCCGAGUACCUGAUUAAGAAUGCCUCGACAGAUGAGUCUAAAACCUUCUAUUAUAAGAUGCAGGGUGACUACUAUAGGUAUCUAGCUGAGUUCACGACGAAUACGGAGAGGAAGGACGCUGCGGAGAAAUCACUUGCGUCAUACAAGCUAGCAACUGAUGCUUCCGCGGAAAAACUACCAACAACUCAUCCAAUCCGUCUAGGUCUAGCUCUUAACUUCUCAGUAUUCUACUACGAAAUCUUAGCCUCACCAGAGCGCGCAUGCCGGCUCGCAAAAGCAGCUUUCGACGAAGCAAUAGCAGAGCUAGAUUCCCUGUCAGAAGAGUCGUACAAGGAUAGCACCCUGAUUAUGCAGCUAUUGAGGGACAAUCUGACGCUCUGGACCAGCGACACUGCACCUGGGGAGGGAGAGAAGGAUAGCACCCAAGUUCAGGACAUUGAGGGUGAGGAGGAGAACUCCUGAGACUUGUGCUGCCCAGUGCAACACAGCGCAGUGCCGGUUAGCGCUGCGCAACACUCUGUACAUACUUGGCGGGCCGGCCCACAUAAUGUAUCAUAAACACAAACCCCUUCUCGUGGAGAACAUAUGUUUUGUAAAAUAUUAAAUUAAAGUCCUGCCCAGGUCACGCACCAUUAACCUGACAGUGCUAUAAUCCUAUGAUGGCAGUAUAACACUCUAUCCUGUAGCUACAGUAUUAUAGCAACUUGGUAUUCUGUGAUGGCAGUUUGGAAGUGUUAUCCUGUGACGGCCUGGCAUUGUCAUGUUGUGGUGGUACCGUAAAUUAUCUUUUUUGGUGGCCUGGUUUGUUGAACUGUAACAACGGCUGCACUGAGGCUGUUACACAAUCGAUCACAUGAUAUUAUAUCAAUCAAUUAAACUUUAUUUGUUGAAAUUAACUUAUAGGUAACCCUCAGUUUAAUCAGGAUCGGAGUUGCGUAUGUUUAGCUAGUUAAUCUAAUAGGCCGGAAUAUAAUGCUAACAUCUACCUGCAUGUCACUAGGAAUAAUUUAAACUACGAAAUUUCGUCCUAGAGUUUUUCACAUGAUCGGAUCUCACUUGCCCUUUCUUAGUUAUCUCUCUUCAGAUCAAUCUCUUAUCUCCAGCUACGAGUUCUUAUGAUAUGUUAUGUUUAAUGUUCAAUGUAUAAUGUAUUUCUUUAUGUAA